GAUCAUCCCACCCUGGAUUAGUGCUCUUCUACAACAGGAUAUGUCCGUUCCCGAUAACCUGUUUAUGAUUCCAUUUGCUCAGCGCGAAGCAGAAGCGAUACACAAAAUGGGGGCUUCAGAAGAUGCCGUUGUACGAGCCAAGAAAAUAUACCCACAUUGGCGGCCUAGAGGAAACUUGGGGCUUUCCUCCUGUCCUGGAAAGAAAGUCCGACUUGAUGGCCCUGUUAAUGGGCGAGCCAAGAUUUUGCUUAUUUGAUGAAGAGCUUGAACUUCUUGGUUCGCCCUUUCCAAAGUAUGUGGAAGCAGCGAAUAGUCAUGGUAUCGAUGUCAUUAGAAUUCCGAUGGUAGAAGGAAGUACACCUUACUCAUUUGAAGAGAUAGACCGCGUUCUUGACAAGAUGGAUGAAACCACACGAAAUGGCCAAAAUGUCCUUGCCCAUUGUCGAGGUGGUGUUGGCCGAGCUGCUGUAGUUGCCUGCUGCUGGUUACUGAGGCUACGGUACUUUAGGGACCAUCGUGAAGUCAUUGAGUGGGUGAGAGCUCAACGAUCACCAAAAGCCAUCGAAACCAAGGAGCAAGCCCAAUUUGUAGCUGGUUACCAUCUUUGGACUUUAGGAGGCGAAAAUCGUGCGUCAAGCCAGAUAUAUGAGACUCAGAUCAAGAGGCGGAUAGAUUGGAGUGAACCCAACAUGGCCCAAGCAAGAAAGGAGGCGGUCCUCAUGAAUAACCUAGGUCAGCAGUCUAUUUUGCCACAGGAGCAACGAACCGAUCAUCCACGUCAAUAUCAGCAUCAACAGGAACAGCAGCAGCCAGCACAACUUCAACCGCAUCAUUCGCAGCAUCAGCAGCAACAGCAGAUACACGAACCAUUAUCUGAUCAUUUAAGGCCGACAGUAGAGCGUUCGCAGCCUUCCGCUGCGUCAAUUUCCUCCACAGCAACAGUUUCGUCGCAGCAAGCAAGUCCAGUCUGCCCAUCUUCAUCACCAAACACAAACUCAAUGCAAGGUGUGAAUGGGAUCAGCCAAUUGGGCCGGUGACAGUUGGAAACUAAAAGAAUGGGGGUGAAUGCGUCCCGCCAUGUCAAUAAAUGAGCAAUAUGUUAAUAGAGCA